UUUACUGGGUGACGGGUGUCGGGGGUGUCCCAUCUUAUCCACGUAUAAGAAGAGGUCAGCUGUCAGCAGCGGUAGACGUGCGUGUCUCUGUGUGGAGUCAUGGCUCUGUUCGUGGACUCGGACUUCUCUUUACUCAAGCAAAACCAGCAGAAAGACUUGGGGGAUUUUAAGGCGCUAUUUGGGGAAGGCGAUAACUGUCAAGAUGUCCUUAGUGGGAGCGCAGUGUCUUCUCCGGACAGAGCCGCUGGUUUGAUGGACGGUCAGAGGAAAAGGAAGAGGACCAUCUUCAGCCGAGCCCAGCUGUCGGAGCUGGAGCAGGCCUUUGCUGUUACCCCGUACCCGGACAUCACCCUGAGGGAGAGACUGGCCGCGCACACGCACCUGCCAGAGAGCAAGAUACAGGUGUGGUUCCAAAACAGAAGAGCCAGAAGUAUAAAGAAUGGUAGCCUCCUUAAGUCCACAAAGCCUGUCCUAGGAGCUAAAGGGGCUGUGGAGCCCUCUCCUGGACUCAUGACCUCCACUUUCCCCACCCCAACCACCCUGGAAGACAUAUUCAGAAAAGAGCUGAACUACCACUGUGAGGAUGCUACACAAAAUUACUCAGACUGGAUCCAAAUCUACAGCAACCCAGCAUCAUCACCUGUAGCAUCUUCCUCAUUGCUCCACCAGCAGCCAACACUGGGCUUCUCAAAACCUUCAGAGCCCUCCUUCUGGGAGCAGAACCACCAUCAGCAGCAGCAGCAUUUGGGAUCAGCACUCCCCAGUUUUCUUCCCGGUUCACUUUCUCAGCCCAUUACCAGGCAGCCUCCCCACCCUGCUUCAUCCUGCUCAUACCAGGCCUUUAGGAACUUCAAACCCCAGAGCUUGACUCCAACCAGGACUCAUCAAGCUGUGUACGGAGGCAGUGCUGCAGGUGGAGGUCAAGGCUCUGUGGACCAGGUAGUCCCUUCCCACCCUCAGCCAGUGCAUUGGGAGGUAACUCAGGGCCAAGGACAUCACCAAUAUCAUUACCGCCACCACCCACAAAUGGGACCUCAAACCUCCAUGGGAUAUAUCUCAGACCUGAUCUACAACGCAGCUAUUGUCACCAACUUCCUGGAAUUCUCAUGACUCUGAAUGUAAAGGAUUAGCUGUUAAAAGUGUUAAAAGUGGAUACUGUUGCAGCUCCCAUUUCUGUCACAUUUCACUUUCUGGGUCUAAAUCUGAUCUUAGUCAUUCAGGAGCUGAUUGUACCUCAAAACAAACAUCUAAUGUACUGAGUUGUAGAGUUUUGUUGUUGGAUUAUCCUUUUUAUGUUUUGUGUUUUUGUAGCAUAUUACCUUACAGACAGGUAAGGUAAUCAAUAUAAUUUGUUACUUAUUAGUUUCUUUGUAAAGUAGAUUUGUUUUAUUGUAAUUGUUUGACUGAAUGAUCUUGUGAAUGCUGCCAUCAUGGCCAGGGCACCAA